AUUCUUAACCACAACAACCCUGAUCUCUCUCUCUCUCUCUCUGCAACAUAUAAGCAAGUGAGUCAUAAAUCUGCUAUAAUAUCUAAUGGAUAACCUUCCAAAAUGCCAAGCAAACUAUACCUCACUCACCCCUUUAACGUUUUUGAUGAGAGCUGCUGCAUGCUAUGCAAAUCGUACCUCAGUGAUCCAUGAAGGAACGCGCUUCACAUGGGCACAAACUUAUGAGCGUUGCCUUCGCCUUGCUUCCUCGCUCCGUGCCCUCAACAUUGCUAGGAAUGAUGUUGUAUCAGUGCUGGCCCCUAACAUCCCAGCAACAUAUGAGAUGCAUUUUGCAGUGCCUAUGGCAGGUGCUGUGCUCAACACCAUUAACAUGCGUUUAGAUGCAAAGAACAUAGCCGCCAUUCUGAGGCACUCUGAAGCCAAAGUUUUCUUUGUGGACUAUGAAUAUGUGUCCAAGGCAAGAGAAGCCCUCAGAAUACUCAUGGACAACAACAACAACCUUCAAGACGGUGGUGCAAAACCAACAAAUCAAAACUACUCGUUAUCUCUUCCACUAGUCAUUGUCAUAGAUGACAUAAACUCUCCCACUGGGAUCAGACUAGGUGAGCUUGAAUAUGAGCAAAUGGUUCACCAUGGUAAUCCAAACUAUGUUCCUGAGGAAAUCCAAGAUGAAUGGGCUCCAAUUGCUUUGAACUACACAUCAGGAACUACCUCAGAACCAAAGGGUGUUGUGUAUAGCCACAGAGGAGCAUACCUUAGCACCCUGAGCCUAAUACUGGGGUGGGAAAUGGGUAGUGAACCUGUUUACCUUUGGACACUACCAAUGUUCCAUUGCAAUGGGUGGACCUUCACAUGGGGUGUGGCUGCACGUGGUGGUACAAAUGUUUGUCUUCGUAACACUGCAGCAUCUGACAUAUACAGGAACAUAGCUCAACACAAUGUGACGCACAUGUGUUGCGCACCUAUUGUUUUCAACAUUAUUUUAGAAGCCAAACCAAGUGAACGCCAUGAGAUAAAAUCUCCGGUUGAAAUACUCACUGGAGGAGCACCACCACCAGCAUCAUUGCUUGAGAAAAUUGAGUCACUUGGGUUUCAUGUCACACAUGCAUAUGGGCUAACAGAGGCAACAGGACCAGCCCUUGUGUGUGAGUGGCAGAAAAAAUGGAACAUGUUGCCAAAACAACAACAGGCCCAACUGAAGGCCCGUCAAGGAGUUAGUGUCUUGACGCUAGCUGGUGUUGAUGUGAAGAACCUUGACACAAUGGAAAGUGUGCCAAGAGAUGGGAAAACUAUGGGGGAAAUUGUGUUAAAAGGAAGUGGAAUCAUGAUGGGGUAUUAUAAAGACCCUAAAGCAACUUCAAAAGCGUUUGGCAAUGGUUGGUUUCAAACCGGUGAUGUAGGUGUUAUACACCCUGAUGGGUAUUUGGAAAUUAAAGAUAGGUCUAAGGAUGUGAUCAUAUCAGGAGGUGAAAACAUAAGCAGUGUUGAAGUUGAGUCACUUUUGUAUAGGCAUCCAAGGGUGUUGGAAGCUGCAGUGGUGGCAAUGCCACACCCAAGGUGGGGUGAAAGUCCUUGUGCUUUUGUGUCCCUAAAGAAGAAUUCAUUAGGGAAAACCAAUGAUGUCACUGAAGCUGAAAUAAUUGCCUAUUGUAGGAAGAACUUGCCACAUUUCAUGGUCCCUAAGAUGGUAAAGUUCUUGGAGGAGUUACCGAAGACUUCAACCGGUAAGAUUCAGAAGUUUGAAUUGAGGGUCAAGGCUAAGGAUUUCGUAGUAUCCGAGAAUCUGCAGCAAAAGAAUAACAAGAAGUCCAGCAUAGUCAAUCAAAAUAAUAUUGCAGGAUAUAAUAAUAAUAAUGUGCAUGUUUUGGCUGUGUCUCGUCUUUGAAGUUUCAAAGUUCUGUCUACAGUUUGUUUGUUUCAUAUAAUGCAAAGAGAAUAUUGUGUGUACAUAUGGCGUUAUGGGCUAUUUGGUUGUAUUUAAAUGGUUAUAAUUUCAGAGAAUCCGAGGCUUUAGUUUCAUGUUCCAUCUACUUCGGCUUGUUUUGUGGCAAAGUGCUAAAUAUAUAAAAUAACUUUUUCAU